AAGCAGGUUAGGGGGUCACUAGGGGGCCUUGCUAGUAACCAGGAUCACGUGACCUCGGUUCGACCUCGGACCACUAAGCCUGUCUUGUCAAGGAAUCAAAACAACAGACUAAACAAAGGAAACGAAAUCCAGACAUUUCAAAAAGAAGAAAGCAAGAAACCUAAAUUAAAAUAGCUAUCUUUUUUUCGAGGAGUGCGUCAAGAAGUGAUACAAGGUUCAAGGAGCAUGGCUGAGAAAGAACUGUUGCUUUUUAUUUGAUUUCGAGAUUUAAAUUUAAAAGAAAAUUUGCGAAUGGAGCAAGACUAAAUGCAAUCAGGUCUAUGAGUUAUUAUGUGGAAAGCAACGCGCUGCCAAGUGUUUUACACGAAGAUGACAACACUGGAAAUGAUUUCGAAACUUUGUUGAAUUUGAGCUCUGCAGCUCGUAACGAGCGCAAUCCCGAAGACGAUGCACGGGAUCGCGUUGGUAAUGCGCGAAGUCCCGCGGGUAACGCACACAGAAACGUAGAUACCACAAGGAGUCCCGCGGGAAACGCGCAAAGUCGCGGAACCAACGACGAUGAAGGUGGCUUGUCGUCUUACCUCCGCUGUCCGCAAGAACUUCGUAACAACGUAUGUCAAAUGUGCAGGGAAAUCCGAAUACGGAUCCAUCGAUCGAUAACCAUUCGUGGCGUCCCGAGACUUUUUCUUCUUCGACGAUUAUUCUGCUUAUACUGGAUAAUCGUGGUUUCGCUUCUCAUCUAUUUAAAGCUGUAUUUUCCUCUUUAUUUGAUCAGUACUGUCAGUCGAAAUACUCUAGAAGAAUUUCGGGGUGACUGGUGUCGUGUUCGUGAGGCAAGAACCAAGUGGUUGUCGUUGCUGUCGCCCUGUGACGGGAACACUAGGUGGGGUAACCAACUCGAGGGGUGGUCAGAGGAGAACAGCACAGACCCCAUCAUGAGUUACAUUUCUCUGAUGACCAUUAACCCUGCCGGCGAGUUCAGUCGAAUCAGUAUUCAAAGCCAGACCACGAGUGGCUACCCUAAGUCUAUCGGAGGAGAUUCUUGGGUAGUUCACGUCAGAGGACCUUCCACGCUUGCGCCGACUGUCAUAGACCAUGGAAAUGGGACUUACGAGGCAUUGUUCCUCGUGAUGGAACCUGGGAAAUACUGGGUCCAUGUAUAUCUUGAUUAUACACUCUGUAAUGGGUAUAAAGAUCCGCCGGAUUAUUGGUUUGCUAAGGGAAAUGAACACGGCAGUAAUCAGCAACAAGGCAUUCUGGGAAGUGAGCGUCACUAUCUCCAUCAGCCUUUAUGGCAAGGGAUACCCCUGGCUAUAGAGGUACCACAGGCGAGGGGACCUCUGCGAAAGGAUGAAUUUCUCAGUUACAGCCACGUGUCAUGCGGCGAUCAGUGCGCUUUGUUGUGGGAUGGUUAUGGACGCUGGACGAAUGGAACGUGGGCUCCUUAUAUAUCGGAACCAAUACCUCGUGAUCCAGUUCCUCGCAGGCGAGAAGGAGUACUUUGGAUCUACGGGGAUUCCAAUGCUGUCCGCUUCUACAAGUCCAUCCAAUACCGCCAUCUUUGUACUCUAAUCUUCAAGCAUUGCAACUUCACGUACAACUGGGUUUACAACAUCCACAAUUCGACCAUCGAAAAAAAUAGGCGAAACUUUAUGGACAUUGACCAUGAACGAAUUAUUCAAGAGCUUAAAACUGUUCUCUAUAGACCAGAAGUGAACGAAAGCAAAAGUGUACUCGUUUUAAACUUCGGUCUUCACUUCGUUGCUUCUAUCAACUUCACAAGCUACAAAAGGCUUGUUAACAAAACGAUUGAUCUACUAGCAGAGACUCUGCAGGAUGACGGGAUUUCAAGGCGGCGUUUCCAAGGCAACGUGGUUUGGAAAUCAACAAGUGCUAUAAAUAGAUAUAAGCUACAGAAUCCGUUUUACCAGGGAAGGAGGUUCAUGACACAACAGAGAAUCCUUCUGUUCAAUUCAUACGCCACAUGGGCGAUGUGUCGCGCGGGCAUCAAGGUCCUUGAUGUGUACCCGAUAUCAAACUCGUACCCCGAUGGAACAGGUGACCGGCACGGUGGGCGCGAUGCCGUGCACUACAGGGGAAAUGUCUUUGAUUCAGUUAUUUCACUGCUGGAAAGGUUUUAUGGAGGGCCCGAUUUUUGAUGCCAAACUCGUACCCCGGUGGCACAGGGGACGGCGGUACGAUGCCGUACACUACGGGGGAAAUGUCUUCAAAUCCGUUGUAUCGUUGCUGGAAGGGUUUUAUGAAUGUCCAGAUUCUUGACGUCCAUUAGCUGACAUAUGCAGUUUGGAAAGAUUAUAUUUUUCACUCGAGCUGAUCGGCAAAACAUUCGCAAAUUUCAGCUAAAGAAGCAGAGACUAUUAUAUUUCCCGAGAGCCUUGGAUAAGCAUUUAUUUUUAAACUUUUUCCUUUUGCAGUAUUUUUAUCACUUGAUUUACAUUAAUCCCAGUUCAAUGA